GUAACUUUAGUCUUUAUCAGCUUGGUUUACCUGAUCAUAAUAUCAUAAACCUUUUGUACUAAUCAUCGUAGAAUAGCAUAGAUAUGUUUGUACAUUUGAUUUUAGUAUUAACCUUUGCUUCAAUGAGCAUCGCUGAUACAUCUGAAAAGCGGUUUUUAUUUAUACCUCCCGUCGUUCUGGAGAAUUGGUCAUCUUGGAGUUCGUGUUCAGCGUCAUGUGGGAACACUGGCGAACGACACAGAACUCGCGGUUGUCACAUUCCUUUUUUGGGAACUGUACAUUGGACCAAAUGUGGAAUAGGGGGUGACGAAAAAGAGGCCUGUGUUGGUAUUUGUCCACAAACCACAGGCGCAACGACGGUGCUAUUAGGCACAUGGAACCCAUGGGGUCUAUUUUCUCCCUGUGACAAGACCUGUGGGGGCGGUAUACAGAUCAGACAUAGGACGUGUGGCUCUGCUCCCUGUAUUGGAGACUAUAUAGAGUCAGCCUCCUGUAAUGUCCACCAAUGUCCGGUUCAAUCAACCCCUGCUGCUAGCACCACACAACCAGUUACAACCGCAGCGACCACAGGCACACAGUGGAUAUCGGUCACCACAACGACAAAGGCAACCACUACUCACAAGAAAUUCUUUACGAUACGAUCCAAUAAAUGAUUGCCUGUCGCAAUGUCAUGACAAUGCUCA